AUGGCGCCGAAGUUUCCGAAAGUGUAUCUAGUCCGUCAUGGAGAGACGGAAUGGACAAUCAAUGGACGUCAUACUGGCACAACGGACAUCCCUCUCACGGCGAGGGGUGAGGCAACCAUGCUUCAUCUGGGGGAGAAGGUCGCAGGACCAGGCAAACUGAUCGAUCCAUCGUUGCUCGCCUCCAUCCAUGUCUCACCUCGCAUCCGCGCACAGAAGACCUUCACGUUGCUGUUCUCCAGGCUCCCAGAGGAAUCUCGGCCCGCACUCUCCAUCGAUGAGCGCGUUCGUGAAUGGACGUAUGGCGAUUACGAAGGCGGCCUCGUGAACGAGAUCGCGGCGCGGCAGAAGGAGAAGGGCCUGAAGAGCGGCGAGAGAGGUUGGGACAUCUGGGUGGACGGAUGUGAAGGAGGAGAAAGCGCUGAGGAGAUGUGCGCGCGGGUUGACGAAGUGGUGAAGGAGGUGAAGAGGAUUCACCGGGAGUGGUACGAAGACCCAGCAAGAAAAGACGGAGAAAGGGGAGGCGAUGUCUUGAUCGUUAGCCACGGGCAUUUCUCUCGAUGCUUCUUGGCGCGCUGGCUUGAACUACCAUUACCCGACGGAAAGAAGUUUGUGCUUGACCCUGGAGGAGUUUGUGUUGGGCAGUACUACCACUCGCUGGACCACAGCGCUGUUGGAGCCAUCAAUCUCGGCGUUCUGUGAAGCCCUAUAAGAUGUCAGCGUAGAUGAACACAGACGACCAUCGAAGGCGUGACCACAGCUUGCGUUCUGCUCGAUGCAGACAGGCACAAAGCGAGAGAAAAAGGGCAAAUUCGUUCAGUCUAUUGAUGCUAGUGCACACGCAUGCGUCCUGACGUCCAGCGUACGUCCAAGGUGUUCGCCACAGAGUGCCGGCGGGAUAAGUGUCGAGCCAACGCUCCCAAUGACCAAUGAGGAGAUCAAUGCUUUCCACCCGCCUCCUUCUCCGCGUCCGCGAUGAAUUUCUUGAUACUGUCAACCAACUGCUCCUCCUCACUGGAGCUGGCGUUGAACUUAACGGCCUCCUUCGCCUGCUCGACGGUGGUGGGCUUGGUGGCCUCCUUCUUUCCGCCGCUCGCGCCGUACGCAAUGGCUGCCGUGGUCAGCAUCGUGCCGAGCGCGAGGUACUCGUUCUUGAUGGCGCGACCGAAGAUAACGUAGGACAUGGUCGUGGAGGUU